AACAUGAAUGCGGUUUGUUUACUUUCCUCGCUGUGGCGUGUUUUGGUAGUGUAAAGACUUAAUAUCUUGAACAAAGAUAAUAAUACCUGAAUCUUGAUUAAUGAUAUAAAGGAAAAGGAUCGAAAAAGAAACAGAAGACCCAUACAGUGAGGAGUACGUCACGGAGUAAUGUUUUAAAGGCUACACUAAACUGUGAAAGAAAAGGUGCAGGACUGGCUGGGCUUGCUUGGGCCAGCCUGAGUGGUCGUCCUGGGGAUUGGAGGCAGUAAUAAUCUGACGGACGCACACACACAAACACCCAAGCCGCCACCAUGGGGAAGCGACAGCACCAGAAGGAUAAAAUGUACCUGACCAGCACCGAGUGGUCGACUUUGUAUGGCGGGUACAAAGCCUCCUCCCACACUGGUGCUAAGGCUCAGUUCCGCCGGCUGCCCAUCACCCACUGUGUACUCUCCCUGCAGCCCUUCAAGCACCCGUACAUUGAUCCCCAGGGCAAUGUGUAUGACCUGGAGGCCAUCCUGCCCUUCCUGAAGAAGUUCAAAGUGAAUCCAGUCACUGGCAAGCCACUGAGUGAAAAGCAGCUGAUCAAGGUGACCUUCCACAAAGCUGCCACAGGCGAGUACCACUGCCCAGUGCUGUUCAAGCCCUUCACUAACACCACACACAUCGUCGCCAAUAAACUCUCCGGAAAUGUUUUCUCAUAUGAGGCGGUAGAUCAGCUCAACAUCAAGGUCAACAACUGGCGUGACCUGCUCACCGAUGAACCCUUCACCCGUGCUGACUUGGUGAUCAUCCAGUGCACUGAUGAUCUCUCCAAAUUCAACAUCAGCCAGUUUCACCAUAUUAAGCACAACCUCAAGAUUGAAGAUGAGGAGACAGUGAAGGCACGAACUGAUGCCUCAAUGCGACUCAAGAGUGUUUCUCAGGACACACAGCAGAUCCUGGAGGAGUUUAACCGCACCUACAAAGAGGAGGAGAAGAAGGAUGAGCCGGGAGAGAGGGUGGCUGAUAAGUUCAAUGCGGCACACUACUCACAAGGGAAGGUAUCAGCCAGCUUCACCUCUACUUCCGUGGAUGUGGAGACAACCCAGGUGGCGGCAGUGCUGGAGGAUGAUGUGGUGAGAUACCAGCGUGUCAAAAAGAAAGGCUAUGUGUCCCUUAAGACCAACCUGGGCACCCUGAACCUGGAGGUGUAUUGUGACACUGUGCAGAAAGCCGCAGAAAACUUCAUCCGCCUGUGUGACCGAGGCUACUACAACGGCACCAAGUUCCACCGCUCCAUCCGGCACUUCAUGAUCCAAGGAGGAGAUCCUGAGGGCACUGGGAAUGGGGGGGAAUCCAUCUGGGGAAAACCAUUUAAAGACGAGUUCCGUCCCAACUUAUCCCACAAGGGGCGAGGGGUGCUGUCCAUGGCCAACUCAGGACCAGACACCAACAAGAGUCAAUUCUUCAUCACAUAUCGGUCGUGCCCUCACCUGGACAUCAAACACACCAUCUUUGGCCGGGUGGUGGGUGGCCUGUCCACUCUCUCUGCCAUGGAGGCCAUUGAGACAGACAACAAGGACUGCCCCAUUGAGGACAUCAGGAUAGAGGAGGCAGUUGUGUUUGUGGAUCCAUUUAAGGAAGCUGACAAACAGCUGGAGGAGGAGAGGCGUGUUGAGGCUGAAAAGAGGAAGGCUGAGGAGGAGGAGCUGAAGAAUCAAAAGAGACCCAAACUCAAGGAUGAUGGAAAACCCAAAGUGUUCCGUUCAGGAGUGGGGAAGUUCCUGGACCUGGCCACUUCUUCUGUGACAAAGGAAGAACUUAGUACACAACAACAGAAGAAAAAGAAAUCAGAUGGAACAUACAACUUCAGUGACUUCAGUAUUUUUUGAGACCAAGUGGUUGGUCAUCACUUAUCUAAGCAACAAAAUUACCUCCCAUUCCAUCCCAGCCAUGUUCUGACCAGUGACCUGUGCUUGCAUUGCACAGGACUUCAAGACAGUGGAUGGUCAGGAGUGGCCAGCAGCCAGCCAGUGCAGUGUUUAGAAGCUGGUGGGUGGUGACAACAAAGUAUUUUCUGAUGUCAGCUUAGAGCAGAGCAGCUGGUGGACAAUAGUUAUCACAAGAUUUUGUUUAGUAAAGACUGCAAGUAACCUUAUUUAAAGGCUGAUAAUUUGGUUGAGUCUUGCAGGGGUUAAGAAAAUAUUAGAUAAAUAAUCACAUUUUGUAUUGUGCUAAUCCUGACACUGGUCUACAGUCUACAGCAACAUGUUAAAUUAUAAAAAAUUUUUCUAUGUCCUACGUUACGUCAAAAUGGCACAGGGUGCCGCUAUAGCUGACACGUUGCUUUAUGCUCCGUGGUUCAGACAAAAGCCACAAUCAACUUGAUUGGGAAAAUAUUCUAGGCCUUUUAUGUUGAAAUUUGUACAGGUUUUUACCAACAUCUCUGUUUAGUGUAAAAAAUGCCUUUUUUUUUACAAGAAUAAUCAACAUCAGCUGCUUUGAAGAGUUUUGAACACAAGUUUUGUUUGGAAUAAAUUACAUAUUCCUGUAAUAUAUAAAUUGAGAUAUAGAAAGAAUACUUGGAGAAAAGAAAAAAAGGGGGAAAACUGCUGUUCUGAGUAUCAGCCCUGACCCCGCAUCACAAGGGCUGAGGCCAGAGACAGAGGCAAGCCUGCAUUACAUUCUCCAAGUGAAAAGUGAGAGCAAGAAGUAUUUGUUAACAUUGUGAAAUGCCAAGUGUAAAAGCAAUAUAAACUUUUCAUGUACCAUUAAUGUAAUUGUACAAAUCUUCCAGUUGCAUAUUGAAAACAUAAUGAAAUAAGAUAUAGACAGGAGUACUUCCCAGGUGAGCCAAUGAGAGUGUAACAUUAGCCGUCAGAGCGACAAACACCAGGCCGGGACAAGGCUGCCAUGUCCUGGUGACCCGGGGUGCCUCGAGAAGACGGCCAAGCCACAGAUCAAGAAGUGCUUUAGGAGGAGGAUAAAACUACAUUUUCAGUAAUAUUAAUAGUGAUUAUAGUUUUUACAAAAUCUAUAAUACCAUUUCUUCUAAUGAUUCAGUAAUCAAAUAAUUCUAAAAAGAUUUACAAAAAAAUUCCUGAAGUUACACACCAUUAAAAAGUUGCUGUAACAGCAUCAAUAAUAUAUAAUGGCCGGGGACCAACUACUAUCCUCAUGUGGUGACAAUGAACCAAGAACACAGACAGCAGCCAAAAAUAUAUAAAGAAGCCCUCAUGCCUUAGUAGUUGGUCUCCAGUUUGUACUUCUGGUGUGAUACAUUAAUGACUACACAAAGAAGUAUAAGAAAGGAAGAGUAUUAUGGUGGGUGCAAAGAUGAGGUUCAUUUUCUUAGUAAACUGCAAUUAUUUCUGUGAAUGUCAACAAGAAACUAUACUACAGAUGAUGAGAUGAGUGUAUGUUACUAGCCUUACAUAACUUGACAAAAGGUAAAAUUUCCAGAUGAGUGGUCUAUGUAUGAAGAGAUUUUAUAUAAAUAUCUAAAUGUAA